AUGUGCUUCCACACCAUCUUGCCCAUGUUGUGCCUUGGCCCGAAGUCGAAUGUGAUCUCCUGGGUGGAGCGAGGGGAAGACCUGUGGGUCUUGGAUCUCCAGGGCUGUAAGGAAGGGGAGAUCAUCAGAGACACCCACACAGCAGGUGAUGGGAUGCUGAGUGAGAACCAUGAGAAGAGUCUUCAGCAGGANNGACCAGAGCGAAUGGCUCCAAGUGGGGUGGUGUUGGAAAGAUCUGAAGGGCAUGUUUCUCAGAGUCCUGAACAAGGAGAGACCUGUGAGAGUCAGUGUACCCCACAAAGGUGGCAGGGAAACUAUACAGGAGAGGGGCAGGGUAAAUCCAGUCACAGAAGCAAAGGGGUGAAAACAAACACAGAAACUGUUCAACAGAAAAUCCCCCAUCAACAGUCACCUUGCACUUGCAGUGAUUGUGCAACUCUUUUUAAACAUGAAAAGGAACACACAGGAGAGAAGCCCUUCAAAUGCUCUUUUUGUGGGACGAGUUUCAGUGAGAGCUCAGACCUUGAUAAACAUAACAAAUCCCACACAGGAGAGAAACCCUUCAGCUGCUCUGACUGUGGGAAAAGCUUCAGUCACAGUUCAAACUUUGUUGCACACAGGAGAACCCACACAGGAGAGAAACCUUUCAGCUGCUCUGAUUGUGGGAAAAGCUUCAGUCAGAGGUCACAUCUUCUUAGACACAGGAGAAGUCACACAGGGGAGAAACCCUUCAGCUGCUCUGACUGUAGAAAAAGCUUCAAGGAGAGGUCAGAUCUUGUGAAACAUGAAAGAAGCCACACAGGAGAGAAACCUUUCAGCUGCUCUGAUUGUGGGAAAAGCUUCAGUUGCAGUUCACACCGUAUUGAACAUUGGAGAAGCCACAGAGGGGAGAAACCCUACAGCUGCUCUGACUGUGGGAAAAGCUUCAGUCUGCAGUCAAAUCUUGCUAGACAUAAGAGAAUCCACAAAGGGGAGAAACCCUUCAGCUGCUCUGACUGUGGGAAAUGCUUCAGUCGGCGUGCCCACCUCAUUGAACACCAGAUAAUACAUACAAGAGAUACAUCCCAUAACUGCUCCGAAUGCGGACAAGGCUUCAAACGCAGCUCAGACUUUAUUAAACAUAGCAGGACCCACACAAGGAAGAAACCUUUCAGCUGCUCUGAUUGUGGGAAAAGCUUCAGUUGCAGUUCACACCUUAUUAUACAUUGGAGAAGCCACAAAGGGGAGAAACCCUUCACUUGCUCUGACUGUGGGAAAAGCUUCAGUUUGCAGUCAAAUCUCACCAGACAUAAGAGAAUCCACAAAGGGGAGAAACCCUUCAGCUGCUCUGACUGUGGGAAAUGCUUCAGUCGGCGCUCCCACCUCAUUGAUCACCAGAUAAUACAUACAAGAGAGACAGACCAUAACUGCUCUGAUGGUGGAAAAGGCUUUGAAGACAGAUCAGACUUGGUUCAUCAUAAGAAAGCCCACACAGGAGAGAAACCCUUCACCUGCUCUGACUGUGGGAAAAGCUUCAGUCAGAGAUCACACCUUAUUAGACAUAGGAGAACUCACACAGGGGAGAAACCCUUCACCUGCUCUUACUGCAGAAAAAGCUUCAAGGAGAGGUCAGACCUUGCUAAACAUGAAGGAAUCCACACAAGAGAGAAAACCUUCACCUGCUCUGACUGCGGGAAAUACUUCGGUCAGCACUCGGACCUUAUUGAUCACCAGAUAAAACAUACAAGAGAGACACUCCAUAACUGCUCUGAUUGUGGAAAAGCCUUCAAACAGAGGUCACACUUUAUUCAACAUAAGAGAGCCCACACAGGGGAGAAACCUUUCAGCUGCUCUGACUGUAGAAAAAGCUUCAAGGAAAGGUCAGACCUUGUGAAACAUGAAAGAAGCCAUACAGUAGAGAAACCCUUCAGCUGCUCUGACUGUGGGAAAAGCUUCAGUCAGAGGUCACACCUUGUUAGACAUAAGAGAAUCCACACAGGGGAGAAACCUUUCAGCUGCUCUGACUGUAGAAAAAGCUUCAAGGAAAGGUCAGACCUUGUGAAACAUGAAAGAAGCCAUACAGUAGAGAAACCCUUCAGCUGCUCUGACUGUGGGAAAAGCUUCGGUCAGAGCUCAAAUCUUGUUAUCCACAGGAGAAUCCACACAGGAGAGAAACCCUUCAGAUGCUCUGCCUGUGGGAAAUGCUUCAGUCGGUACUCCCACCUCAUUGAUCACCAGAUAAUACACACGGGAGAUAAAUCCCAUAAAUGCUUUGAGUGUGGGAGAAGCUUCACUUGUAAAUCACACCUUAUUAUACAUCAGAGAAUCCAUAUCAGCAAGAGGCCAUAUAGAUGCUUGGAAUGUGGGAAAAGUUUCAUUAAGAGGUUACACCUCACGGUACAUCAGAGAAUCCACAGGAGAGAGAGAUCAUAUAAAUGCCAUGAGUGUGGGAAAGGUUUCACUUUGCAAUCAGACCUUACUGUCCAUGAGAGAACCCACAUGGGAGAGAGGCCGUAUAAAUGCAUGGAUUGUGGGAAAAGCUUCAGGCAGCGCUCAAAACUUAUUAUCCAUCAAAGGAUGCACACAGGAGAGAGACCAUACAAAUGCCUUGAAUGUGGGAAAGGUUUCUCUAUACGAUCAGCCCUCACUGUCCAUGAAAGAAUUCACACAGGAGAGAGACCAUAUAAAUGCUAUGAAUGUGGGAAAGGUUUCACUAGUCGACCAGUCCUCAUUACACAUGAGAGAAUCCAUACAGGACAGAGACCAUAUCAAUGCCAUGAGUGUGGAAAAGAUUUCAUUACACAAUCAGCCCUCAUUAAACAUGAGAGAACCCACAUGGAAAAGAAACCAUAUAAGUGCUUUGACUGUGGGAAAAACUUCACUGAGAAUUCAGAACUUAUGAUCCAUCAGAGAGUGCAUACUGGAGAAAGACCAUAUAAAUGCCAUGAAUGUGGGAAAGGAUUCACUGCACGAUCAAUCCUCCUUAAACACGAGAGAACCCACAUGGCAGAGAGGCCAUAUAAAUGCCAUGAAUGCGGGAAAGGUUUCGCUCAGCGAUCGGCCCUUACUGUCCACGAGAGAACCCACACAGGAGAGAGACCAUAUAAAUGUCAUGAGUGUGGGAAAGGUUUCACUUGUCGACCAGUCCUCAUUAAACAUGAGAGAAUCCACACGGGAAAGAAACCAUAUAAGUGCCUUGACUGUGGGAAAAACUUCAGGCAAACUUCAGACCUUACUAGACAUCAGAGAAUCCACACAAGUCCUGCAUCAGCCAGUCCCCAGGAUGAAACCUCUCAGAUUUCAGUAGCUGGUGUGUAAAACACUUCUGUCAGAGCCUGGACACCACAGACUGCUCCACACCUGAGGGAAAUUCUUUCAGUGCCCUGCCUAAUUCCCAUACACAGAUGAGCGGUCCCAGGGAUC